AUGACCUCACCCUGCUUCAACAGAGAGAGAGAAGACGGGCCGAGCAACCGCGCAGUCUUAAACCACCAGGAGCUCCAAUACUCCACUAAGAGUACUCCAGAUAGAAUAAGCCUGAGACUGGGUACCGGCGACCAAAGGCCCGAGGCCGAUAUACGUAGUCGGUGCGUAAUAAGCUUUAUCUCGGAUGGACUGAUUUGCAUGGGGAAUUCCCUCUCCUGUCCUGUACAUCUGCACAUUGCUCGUGUGGCAGGAGUAGGAAUUCGAGGCGCUGGGAGUGCAACUGGAACGGCUUUUGAUAUUGAUAUUGAUAUUGAUGCUGAUAAUAACUCACGCAAACCAAUUCUCACUAGCUGCACUGCACCGUGCCUCCAAUAUCAAGAUCCCACCAAAUCUGCCAAGACUUCACGAUCCUCCGACUCUACAAAAAUAAACCUCAGCACCGGUCCAAGUUUUGUAUGCUGCACAAAGAGGUCAGCCAGCGCAUUCUGCCUUUAUGCUCUACUCAAGCAGAGUACUCCUGCGAUCUCGCUGCCGAAUGAAUGGAGUGGAUUGGAUCACGCACAGCAGGUAGGGCACUUGGCUUGCAUGCACAUGUCUAAAGCAGAGAUGUAUCGUACUUGGACGGUUAUGAGCGGUAUUUAUAUGGCGAUAAACAUUGCGAUACCUCUUGGAAGUAGAACUACAUAG